CUAAGUUAAGAACCAAGAAACACGCAGAGGAAUGACUACCUCAAUCAAAAUAAAUAAGUGAGCAGAGCGAGUUGACAAAAGAACGAACUACCAAACGGACGAACCAAUACAGGGCUGAUUGAUAGCUGCUUGUAUAGAUGGAUAACGAAAUGAACAACCGAGUGAGUCCAUCCUAUAUCAGGCAAGCAUGACUCUGAGGUCCCGAAUGGUCACGUAAGGAAAAAGGAAGAUCGACCCAUCACGCGCGUUAGAGAAUUUUAUAAAAGACCCAUUGUUACAAACUCAGCACAAAAGAAGAAAUAUAGCACAAAUGACCCUGGCCUUGACUAAUUUUGAGCAACAUCGUCUAACAAAAUAGCGCUUCGCAACAGGCGUCCUUGAUCGGCAAAAUUCUCUACAAAAGUUAAAUUCCUUGUUCCACCGCCAAGACAGAACGAUAUUAGUUUUUCUCUGUGACGUCUGUGCCAACUUGCACGUUCUAAAUCCCCGGUAAAUACUUCCUGUGCCAGGCUCUUCUUGUUCCUACUUGGUGAGUGAAAUUGUUUCCUUUUCAAGCCUGGCGAGUGAAACAGCGAAUUAAAUCUUCCUUUACGAGAAUCCGUCGUCCAACUUCCCGCCGAGCUUGUCAAUAAAUUUAUCGUUUAUCCCACUUGAAUGCAAAACAUCUCACAUAUGAAGAUAAGCAGAAAGGAUCACGCUUUCAAUUAGAGCUGGACCCUAUUUCAUUCGCUCUAUUUUUACGGUAUAGUCCAAAAACUACGCGAUCACCAAACAAUCUUUUCUCCCUUCCUUGAUAGCUAAUAAAAGCUUUUCAUUCGAUAGUCGCACCAUUUUUUUUUAAAAAGUAUUUUAAUAUGACGUUUCCGCUGUGUCGUCCUAUUUACCUUGAAGAUCAGUUAAUGUCGAAUGCCAAGGUUUAAAAACAUUAAGGUUGAAGGUUGGAAGGAUAAUAAUUUUCGAUUAAUCUACAUGUCUCUGUUGAUAAUUAUCAUGUACUCAGUAAUGAAAAGGUACUACGCAGUAAAAGAAUCGCGUGUAAAAGAUUAUAUGUAAAUUUUUCCUGCGGAAAUGCUGUUGGCAAAAGGAUCGUUUCAGACGACUUGCGCAUGCUUUCUACUUUGUUUAUUGUAAUAUGAUGAGGCCCCGCCUCCAACAACUCCCACAAAUAAUCACGCACUAUUGGUCCAACAACACUCUGAAUUCGGCCUUGGUUGUUAAUGAUCGAUUCUGUACCGAACAAAAUCCUCCCCCUCCCUCAAUUUAAAACCCAGGACAAAAAGGAAGCCCAUAAUUGUCGCAGGAUUUCGUUUCGGUUAACAAUUUUGCCUCUGUACGACAAGCUUAGGUGAAACGUGGCUGCCUUUUGAUCAACGAGGAAACAGCAACGACGAGGUACUUUGCCUGUAAAGCUAAUUCUUAAAGGAUCUGAAUUUGUUUUAUAAAGAUUCUGAAAAGUGAUGUUGUCUUUACGAGGAGCUGCGGUUCUUAUCUUCUGCUGUGUCCUUCACAUCACAACCGUCGCAGGCUCUCAUCCUGCGACAAAGUUUACAAAGGAACCUCCAUCCAAAAUAUUUGCAGUUGAGGGAUCUGAUGUCACUUUCCAUUGGGAACUGAGUUUUGGCGAUUUUCAAGACUGGAAACAGCUCGGAGAGAUUAUUUGGGGACAAACAGACAGAAAUGAUCGUAUCAGGAACAAGUAUAUCACAGUAAAGAAAGGGAUUGCAGCGUCCAACCCCAAACUUGAUACUUCCAUUAAAUCCAGAACUGGUUGGAUUGGAAAUGUUACUCUGCAUCGAUGUAAGCAAAUGUUCGUUUUACGAAAUGUGAGCAAAGCAGAUCAGAUCACAUAUGGAUGCACGGUGAUGGUGGAUGGGCUCGAUAUAAGGAGUGGUCCAAUAAAUCUAUUCGUUCAUGAUCCCAUCCCACCAAAAUUUACUCGUCGAUCGAAUGCGAACGUAAAUGCCGAUGAGGAAGAUGACCUACGAUUGCACUGCAACGCAAGUGGUGACCCCAGACCCAGUAUCACUUGGAGUAAAGAUGGAACUCCUCUUCAGAACAGCAGUUCAUCUGCUGUGCUUCAAAUUCCAAAUUUACAACAAAGAGAUGCUGGUAAUUAUACCUGCACCGCGAAAAACCGAGCUGGGUCUGUGUCUCACAGCAUGGUUGUUAGAGUUGUGCGAUAUAAGCCUCGCAUCAACAAAACAGCUUCUUCAAAGCCAUUAUUCCAAUCAUGGAUUGGGAAGGUGACCACCCUGAGGUGCUCUGCAGAUGCUGAGCCUCUGGCAAACUUUACUUGGUUCAAAGAUGGCCAACGGAUUGUGCAUGGUGUGAACUCUGCGCAUAAAAUGGGCACGCUAACGCUGAGACCUAAGACUGCGGGCGAUUUUGGUUCGUAUUCCUGUAGAGCGACAAACAUCAAAGGAGCUGCCUGGUAUCAUAUGAGAAUAUUUCAAAUUUAUGCACCCAGUCCGCCUAUCAUAUACCAAGUGACACCGGACGUGCUUAAAUUCGACAUCACAUGGAAUAUGACAAAAGUAAAAAAUAGCAGCCGCACAAUAGAGUUUAUGAUUACCCUGCUUGAUGCAAACAGACAUGUGCUUCAGACACAUAGUGGAAUUAAGGGGACAUUCUUCACUCUUAAAUAUUUGCAACAAAACAGAACAUACAUAUUGAUGCUACAAGCAAGAAAUAUUGCCGGUUAUGGACAAGCCGCGAAUGUCACUGUUAAAACACUUGAAGCAGAUCCGCCCAAGCCCCCCAAAGUCGUGGUGGUGCCAAAUGUACUGUCGUUAAACGUAACCUGGUUUUCAUCCAUUGAAGACAACAGCAUCAAGAUUUAUGAUUACCUCGUAAAAGUUGUAGACUAUGUUUCAAAUACACUGGUACAGGAAUACAAGAAAGUAAAGGAAACAUCGUUGGUGAUAAACAAAUUGAUGAAAAACAGGACUUAUUUUGUGGCAAUACAAGCGCGAAACGAGGUCGGUUAUGGAAAGCCAUCCAAUGUCAGUGCCACGACUCUACUGGCAGGGCCACCGGAUGCACCAUUAGUAACAAACAUCAGUGUUAGUGGAAAACAAUGCUCACUGCAAUGGAGGGAGCCUUAUAAUGGACAAAGCGCCAUUUUAAAGUACACUGUUUAUGUUUGGGGGUUUGUGGCAAGACUUGAAUCAUACACUAAGGAAAGGUUAGGCUUGUGGAAUACCACCAACCUGAGUUACACCCUAGAACUUGACUGGGACAAAAUGUACUGGAUGGCUGUGUCGGCAUGGAACAAAUAUGGCGAAAGUUUCCCCCUGUUGCGAAGGAAAUUUAGAACCGAAAAAAAUCCUAAAGCGCAAAUUUCAACAAAGAUGCCCACGGUACCCACUUCAAGUUUAACCCUCCUAUCUAGGAAAAAACAAGAAUCGACCGUCACGAAAAGGAAAACCGAAAAACUUCCAACAGAACUGCCUACUGCCAGACAAGCUGAGACCAGUGAAAACAGAACAGGCAUAUUUUCCUUUUACGCACCAAUAUGGUUCGUCGCGCUGGCAUUUGUAACACCUAUUUUCAUGUUCGUGGUUUGGAAAAUCACCAGAAGAAUUAUCGUCAAGCAUUGUUCCAAAAGCAGUGGUGAUAGCGAUAAGCAAACAGAAAUUGAAAGCGAUGUUGACAGUGAACUGGGUAAUCCUUCUUAUCUUGCGAGUAUGGUGGAGCUAAAAGAAACAUCGGUUUUGAAUGAAUAUGAAUCCAUAACGGACAUCUUUCAGAAGAACUUGAACCUUGGAUACUCGAUGGAGGAUGAGAAACCCAGAUACAGCAGGAACCCUGUGACACAUGAUUACUGCUAUGUUUCAGAGGGGUCUUCGGUGUACAGCCAUCUUAAUGACAUACCCACCGGCCGAGGCUCAAAAAGCCUCAAAAGCUCGAAACGCUCGUUUCCAGAUGACAAGCUGGGACACGACAAUGGACACGUGACAACUGGACUAGGGAUGUUUGACAUGCAAAUGUACUCGCAUCUUACUCACGGCGAACCGCCUACAAUUGGAGUUAAAAGAUGUAUCUUGCCAGAAACAAGUUUCCUUCUUCCUCCAUCGCAGAAAUGGGAAAUUUCCAGGGACAGACUUAGAAUUGAAAACACCGUCGGCCGAGGGGAGUUUGGGCUUGUCAAAAAGGGUUACGCACUGGAUGUCACAGAGGAAGGAGGUUGGGCGAUAGUCGCAGUUAAGACAGUAAAAGAAAAUUCAAAUGGAUCACAACGCGAAGAUUUGCUAUCAGAACUAAAGGUGAUGAAGGAACUAUUAUCACAUAAACACGUGGUACAACUUCUGGCUUGCGUCACAAAAUCUGAGCCAUUAUGUGUCAUCACUGAAUAUGCCCCUUACGGUGAUCUACUGGGCUUCUUGAGAAAGAAACGAGGUUUAAGGGAUGAUUACUACGACAUACAACAACUCCCCGAAAGAAGCCUUACAUCACAUCUGUUGAUGAAAUUUGCCUGGGAGAUUGCCGAUGGAAUGGCACAUCUCAGCGCGGCAAAGAUUAUCCAUCGUGACCUGGCAGCGAGGAACGUCCUUUUGGGGGAAAAUUUGACGUGUAAAGUCACAGAUUUUGGGAUGGCGCGAAACACGCGCAGCAAAGAUAUUUACGAAAGGACGUCGGAGGGUCGCCUUCCUUUAAAAUGGACAGCACUUGAAUCCUUGGAGCACGGACGUUACACUACGAAAAGCGAUGUAUGGAGCUUUGGAGUGGUCCUGUAUGAAAUCUUCACUAUUGGUGGUGCUCCUUAUCCUGGUGUGAACGUUUCCGAGCUGACAAGAAAGUUAAAAAGUGGCUACAGAAUGGAGAAACCAAAUCAUGUACACAAUAAAUUGUACGACCUCAUGCGAUCCUGUUGGAAUAAAGAUCCGGAUAAGCGACUCACGUUUUCGCAACUUAACAAGACUUUGAACCAAUUGGACAGGGAGAUUCAGAAGUGCAUCAAUCUGAGAGCGUAUAAUGGCAAACUUUAUGAGGACUUCCAAGUUUUUAAAAAAUAGACCGUAGCAAGUAAGAGUUGCUGUCAGGGCAAAAUUUUUUUGCUCGGAAUAAAGUACAAAUAAUAUUUAUUUUCUCCGUAUUCCCAAUUGAGGAGUUCUUAAAUUGAGUUAGGAAAACUGUAGAGGUGUAGUGGAAGGCGAAUUAAUCAUGACGAUCGACGAUGUCUUCCUCGUAGACACGGUAGAGUAAACUGGUCAUGAAAGUCGGCAAAAUCAAGGGUAAAAAAAUAGUGCUACAGUUCAGCUUGGGUGUUCUUCAUGGUGACUAAUUUUUUUUCUGUGUCUUUACACAAUAUGACUUAAGCA